GUGAAAGGAAAAAGAAAAGAAGAAGUUUAUUUCCAUUUUUUAUUCUAGGGAUUUAACAUUUCUUCUCUCUCUCUCAUCAUUUUCUUCUCUCUUUCUCAGUCACCGCCGCUUUUCUCCCCUUCCCCUCCUCUCUGAACAGUCCGCCUCCGCCGUUGUCCUACCCUUUUCCACUCUAUUGCUAUCAUCGGAGCCUUCAAAGACCAGUUAUCCACUGUCUAUUUCCACUGACUUACGGGUUCUCAAUUUUUGGCUUUGCGAAAAACAACGAUUUGAAGAACUUUGGUGUUACAUUAAACCAUCAAAAGUUGCAGAUUAAUCGAAUCUGGUGAGGUGCAAUUGUAAGAAUGGCGAAGAAGGUGGAAUUUAAAUUAUACAAUACAAUGAAUAGACAAUUGGAAGCCUUCAAGCCACAUGUACCUGGAAAAGUUGGCAUGUAUGUCUGUGGUGUUACUGCCUAUGCUUUCAGCCACAUCGGUCAUGCACGCGCCGCAGUUAUUUUUGAUGUCCUCUUCAGAUAUCUACAACACUUAGGUUAUGAAGUUACUUAUGUCCGAAAUUUUACGGAUAUUGAUGACAAGAUAAUUAAGCGAGCAAAUGAGAGUGGUGAGGACCCAUUUUCUUUAAGUAGCAGAUUUUGUGAGGAAUAUCUUGUUGACAUGGACAGUCUGCAGUGCUUUCGUCCUACACAUCAGCCACGUGUGACUGAUCACAUAGAACAGAUCAAGGAUAUGAUCACACAGAUCAUCAACAAUGGUUUUGCAUACCCCUCCGAAGGAGAUGUCUUCUUUGCUGUUGAUAAAUUCCCAAAUUAUGGUCAGUUAUCUGGUCAGAAACUAGAAAACCAUAGAGCAGGUGAACGUAAUCCUGAUACCAGAAAACGUAAUCCUGCAGACUUUGCACUGUGGAAGGCUGCAAAACCAGGUGAACCAAGUUGGGAAAGUCCAUGGGGUCCUGGAAGGCCGGGGUGGCAUAUAGAGUGCAGUGCAAUGAGUGCUCAGUAUCUGACCUUCAAGUUUGAUAUCCAUGGUGGUGGAAGUGAUCUAAUUUUUCCACAUCAUGAAAAUGAGAUUACACAAAGUGCUGCUGCAUGCCAAGAAAGUAAUGUGAGUUAUUGGAUUCAUAAUGGGCAUGUUACAAAUAACAAUGAGAAAAUGUCAAAGUCCCUGGGUAACUAUUUCACAAUCCGUGAGGUUACUGAACGAUAUCAUCCACUGGCUGUGAGACACUUUUUGAUAAGCGCACACUAUCGAUCUCCCCUCAAUUACACUGUUUUUCAGCUAGAAAGUGCAUCAGAUGCAAUCUUUUACAUUUAUCAGACGUUGCAAGAUUGUGAGGAUGCUUUAUCAAUGUUUCAAGAUGGAAGUUUGAAGGAGGGUGCAGCACAGAAUAGCAAGGUGGUUGGGAUUACUGCUGAUGCCAAAAAAUGCAUCAAUAAACUUCGUGAUGAGUUUGAGACAAAAAUGUCAGAUGAUUUGAGCACUUCACAUAUAUUGACUGGUGCUUUCCAAGAUGCCUUGAAGUUCAUAAAUAGUUCCAUAAGCAUGUUGAAGAAGAAACUGCAAAAGCCACAACAAUUGUCAUUGAUUCAAUCUCUUACUGAAAUAGAGAGAGAAAUAAAAUUGGUUUUAAAUAUUUUGGGACUGCUUCCUCCUGGCACUUACGCUGAGAUUUUGCAGCAACUAAAGGACAAGGCAUUGAAAAGGGCUGGAGUAACAGAAGAUGAUGUGCUCCGUAGUAUUGAGGAAAGAGCACAAGCUAGGAAAAACAAAGAAUUUUCAAGAAGUGAUCAGGUCAGGGCUAAUUUGGCUGCCAAGGGCAUUGCACUAAUGGAUGUGGGUAAGGAAACAGUUUGGAGACCUUGUGUCCCUGUUGAACAAGAACAGGAGGCAGUAUCUGUUGUAAAAGACCAAAAUCCACCACCCGCAAUAUCAAGUUGAUGAGUAGCCUUUAUUUUGGUUUUCUUGUCAGUAAAUCGACUUGCACAAAAUGAAAACUAAUAUCUGUUUCAAUUUAUACUAUUUAUGUUGUAACAUGCAGGGGCUUUUACUUGUAACGGCCUUCUUACAGGACAUGAUACAGAUUUCAUCAUAAACGUGUAACUUUUUCUCCAAUAGAGGAAUAUAUGGGUUCGGGACCCAUGUUGUCUCGUAGAGUUCAACUGGUUCUGGAGUUGAUUA